AUGCCAGCGUACCACUCAUCCUUCAAUGAGGAACCAGACAUCCGCCAGGUCGGCAACAUGGCCGUCCUGCCCAUCAAGACAAAGUUCCGCGGUCCAGCACCACUAGCGGACUACUCACAGGCCGACAUCAUCGACGAGACCCUCGACCUCUUCCGUGCCAACUCCCUCUUCCGCAACUUCGAGAUCAAGGGUCCCGCCGACCGCCUCCUGAUCGUCCUCAUCCUCUUCGUCUCGGACUGCCUCGCGAAGAUUGGCUCUGCGCGGACGGUACCGAACCAGCUCGAGGCUAACAAGAUGCUGAACACGCUGUCGGUGGACAACCUCCCCAUACCUGGUGACGCCACCUUCGCUCUGAACGCCCAUUACGCGCCUCCCGCGAGCAGGGCUGAUGCUGACUACCUGCGGCAAUAUCUAGUUCAGACACGGCAAGAGCUCGCUGCGCGCCUGGUAGAGAAGCUGUACACAGACGGCACCGGCAAACCAAGCAAGUGGUGGAUGUCGUUCCAGAAGAGGCGAUUCAUGAGCAGAAGCAUGGCUUGA